AUCAGCACAUCACACCUUUCCUCUCUCAAACACACACACUUUUAUAAGCUUUACCUACAUAACCACUCUCUGACGCACCAUAAAAUGCUAUUCAUAUGGCUUUCACAUAAAAACACACAUUGAUAACAAAACUAUUUAUGUAUAUUACAAGCCUUUUACAGGAGACACAGUGGGACAGCAAAGGAAAUGUGGCAGAGGAACCAUCACAAGGACCGAGAAGAGUGGAUCACAGUCAUAGGAGAGGUCCCACUCCGUCCUAGGAAAGUUUGAGUGACAGUUGGUAUAACAGUCUGCAGUGAUCAUGUUACAGUCGCAACAAGAACGAUCAAUGGACAACGAGAUGACUAUAUUGCAAACAUAAAAGCAGUGAUCACACUAUUCCUGGGAUUGUUUGUAAUACGAUCAAAUUAGUGGUGAGAGACGGUCAACACAGUGAUUGCACACUUGAUCACAGCUCCUACUCUUCUUCAUACAGAGGGGCUAUGAGACUGAGAAGGAGCUUUUUUCACAGCCAGUUAAUACUUGUCCUCAGCAUCGUCACAAACUAUGCCUGGCUGCUGCCAUCACCGUUGGGAAUUUCCAUGGAGUCUGUAAAUAUGAGGCACUUGCUCAAGUGGCGCCGUCAACAGUCUCCUUGCAGUUCUGUCAUCUACUCUGUGCAGUUCCAGGGGGAAUUUGAGCUGAGGAUCUUGAAUGGAAGUUGGGAGGACGCGGUUGGUUGUCAGCGGGUCACACGGACGGAGUGCGACCUGACCUUUGACCUUGGUUCUGACUCAGACUACAACAUCCGCGUGCGGGCAGAGUGCGGAAGGCGUGUGUCACCGUGGGCUGAGCUCGGGAGGCCAUUCAACAGGAGAGAGACAAUCCUGACGGUGCCAGCUAUAACUGUGACCACCAUGGGUGACGCCCUUCAGGUGACUUUCAAAGGCCUUCCCCUGACCGUGGGAGUGACUGUGACUAUCUGGAAGAGAGGCGAGUUGGUCAGGGGCAAGUCCUCCUUGCGUGUGAUCACAGUGCAACAGAAUCCGCUCCACAUCGACGCCCUGCAGGAGGGAGCAGUGUACUGCGUCAAAGCCCAGGCCCAUCUGGACACCCACAGCAAAAGCAGCAGCACUGACACACAGUGUGUCUCCAUCACAGGUCCUGGACCUACCUGGCUUAAGCCCACAACAGUGACUGUUAUCGUGGUGAUAUUAGCCGGCCUGGUGUUUUGUCUCUCUUGGUCAGUAACCCACUGUAGGCCAGAGGCCUGCAACGACUAUUUCCGCAAGGAGCCACAGCCCACAGCACUGCUCCUUGAUUGGUCGCUCACAAGAGUCAAGAUCUAUCCCCAAGAUGAGCUUUGUGAGCCAAUCCAUGCCGUCCUUUUAAGUGAGCCGCAAAGAGAACUGAGAACUGAGCCAUCCAGUCAAUUGGAUAAGUGGACACAAUCUAUAUGUUCAGAAGGCACAGACAGACCAUAUCAAGUUUGAUUGAUACUGUCAGAAGUGACAAGUCUGGAUUGGAGAAGUCAGGAGGCCGGCAGUUGUUCGGAGGGCGACAGAAGGGUCCUGUGUGGCUCAGUGGGUUAGGGCAGUGAUGCUUGUAACUCCAGGGUUGUGGGUUUGAUUCCCAUGGGGGACCAGUAUGAAAAGUGAAUGCACUCACUUUUGUAAGUAUGACAAAUGUCAACGUACAAUUUAGUAUUUGUGUUCUAGAUAAGUCAGAGAUGAAUAUGGGUGAGUCUCCAAAUGUAGGAACUUUAUUUACAUCAUGAUAUGUUCUAAUUCAAUCUAAGACAAUAACAAAGUAAUUGUUUAUGAAGAAGUGUUCAAGAAGUGUCACUGCCUAUCUAAUAUAUCAAUAAAUAUGUCAAGUACGGUUUUGGGACAAAAAUAUACAGUAUGUUUGCUGGGAUGUACAUCUGUCCAAAUGAAAGAUCGCCCUCCAUAUGUUAGCUAUGGGCAUUCUUUAUUAAAGUCCAAAAUGAGUCAGAAUUGUCACAACCCAAACAAUUGACACCAGUAGUGAUGCGUGGGUCAGCUGUUUGUUCACCUGCACCCGCCCGCAAUUGCUAAUAACUCUUCUGCAACCGGCAGCCUAUAUGUGAUAAAUGUACCUUUUUAGAUAGGCCUAUGUUUCUGCUUAUAAUGUUAGACAUUUUUGUAUGCAUUUUGUGAGUCAACUUGUCUAUAUGUAGAUACAUGCAGCUUCUCUUCUAUCAUUACUUGUUGCCCUAGAAGGCUAAAUAAACCCUUGCUCACCUGAA